AUGCUACAACAAGCGCUGGGACUCUUGUGUUUAUGCUUGUUCUCCCUGCAUGCGUCUGCUAUUUCGAGCACCGGUUCAAAUGUGCUAGUUGUUCUUGAACCCCAACUCAAGAAAGAUGAUUAUUCGCUAUUCUUUGCUGGCCUGGAAGAGCGUGGUUUCAACUUGACGUUCAAGGGACCCAAGGACAAUCGGCCGACUGUCACACAACACAAAGCCCCUUCCUUCUCUCAUGUUAUCCUAUUCGCGCCGACUACUAAAACACUGUCUGCGGAUUUGACGUCCCAAGCCAUAGUUUCCCUUCUUUCCGCCCGCCCACCCGUUAAUUUCCUCAUCGCCCUCUCACCGACUUCAACGCAGCUAUCGUCUCUAGCAGCAGAGUUUUCUUUGUCGCUUCCUCCACCUAACAUACCUCUUAUCUCGCAUUUCCCCCCGCGCGAUGGACCAAGAACGAUUGUGCCGGUCACCAUUCCAGAACGUCCAGAUUAUCUUACACCAAUGUUUCCCGUGCUUACGAAGACGGAUGCUCCAAUUUUAUUCUCGGGAGUGCCGCAUUACCUCAGCGACAACCCGCUCUUGGUCGAGAUUCUUCGUGCGCCUCCGGAAAGCUUCGCGACUGACACUGAAAGUGAUAAAGGUGGCGAUGCUGUGUACGAUGCCGCGGAAAAAGGCGGCGAAGGACUUUGGGCCGGAAACUCAUUAGGACUAGUAACCGGCUUCCAAACGCGAUCUGGUGGUCGCGUGGUAUUUUCGGGGGGGAUCGAAGUCUUUUCCGAUAAGUUUGUGAAAACCGAAGUGAACAAUCUCACAACAGGAAAUGAACAAUUUGCAAAAGAUGUGACUUCUUGGGCUUUCCAGGAGACUUUGCAGCUCCGUGUAGAUUCAGCGAGCCAUCACCUUCAAUGGGAUGCCAAUAAGACCCAAAGGGAUCGCUACACCAUAAACGACCAAGUCCUCUUCACAAUGCAUAUUUCCGCGUGGGAUCCCGAGAAAGGUGAAUGGGUAGAUGCGCCACGAAUGGACGACAUACCACUCGAGUUUACGAUGCUAGACCCAUAUGUCCGGACCGUUCUAUUUCCAGUGUUGAAUAAACCAGGAGAGUUUAGUAUAGGCUUCCGAAUCCCGGACCGUCAUGGAGUUUUCAAAUUCGUUGUAGAUUAUAGACGAAAAGGCCUCUCACCACUUUUCUAUUCAAGCAAAGUCUCAGUUGUUCCGAAACGUCACGACGAAUAUGACCGCUUUUUGUCUGCGGCGUGGCCAUACUACGCGGGCGCUCUAAGCACUAGUAUUGGGUUCGUUGUCUUUGCAGUGGUCUAUCUGGGUGGAGAAGUAGAUCGACGAGCGAAGGGGAAAGGCAAAAGUACCAAAACGGAGUAG